AUGCCUGUUGACCCUGCAGAGCCCGAGUCUGUCGACGCUGCCGAGUCCGAAUUUGUCGACUCACUCGAGACUAUCGAGCCCACCGAAUCUAUAAAUCCUUUUGAAGCCGCAGAGUCUACUGAGCCAGUCGAGCCCACUGAGCCGGUCGAGUCCACUGAGCCUGUUGAGCCAACUGAGCCAACUGAGCCAACUGAGCCUGUUGAACCCGUCGAGGAGCCUGUUGAGCCCACUGAGCCUGUCGAACCUGUUGAGCCCACUGAGCUUGUCGAAGAACCCAUCGAGCCUGUCGAGGAAGCCGUCGAGCCUGUCGAAGAACCCAUCGAGCCUGUCGAAGAACCUAUCGAGCCUGUAGAAGAACCUACCGAGCCUGUCGAGGAAGCCACUGAGCCUGUCGAGCCUGUCGAAGAACCUACUGAGCCCGUCGAGCCCGUCGAGUCCACAGAGCCUGUCGAAGAAACCACUGAGCCUGUCGAAGAAACCACUGAGCCUCCAGCGCCAUCUCCAGCUGCUCGAACCCAAUCCACUGAACGGUCAUCAACACCUACUCCGAGAAACCACUCCUUCUCACGGUCUUCCGCUGCCCCUGUGCCCUCUCAAUCUGUCCCAGAAGGUCGGUACAUCACAAGUCCUCCCCCUGAGGCUUAUAUCUCCUAUCCAUCUUCCCCAGCAUAUCACGCCUACGCAUCCCCUACAUACGCUUCACCCGUACCGAAAGCCAGAAGCCCUCUGGCGCGUCCUUACAUUUCACCAAUGAUGUCUCCACAUGCAACACCACCGGCUCAGCCGGUAAUGCCUCAUGCUCCUCCAUCAACAGCUCCCAGCUAUACAACUGCUCUUCACUCACCUGUUAUGAGCUCUGCAGGAAUGAUCCCGCCGUACGCCCCCUACCCGCCGCCUCCCCAAGGUAUGGCGACAGCACAUCGAGGCUACAUGGAUCCGUACUAUGCUUCUUCCCUUCAAGCUAUGCAGACCAUGGGCCUUGCGAGUGGUCUUGCUGGUGGCUUGGUGAACGGCCAAGCGCGUGAAAACGGCACGAUUUCCCCACCAGACCACGGAGACGAGCAUAUCGAGCUUCUCGCACGCAUUCAAAACGCAAUUCCCGAUCUCAGCAAAUUGUUGAACGGCUUCAAAGACACUCAAAGCAAGCUGACGACAAGGGAGGCUGAAUUCCAACAGAUCCAAAAUCAGCAUGAGCAGGCUCUGAUGCACAAGGACUUUUAUAUCGAGGCCCUUCAGGCUCAGAUGAGGAAGACUGCCAGCGAGAGCGCAGAGGAGAGUACAAAACUCAAAAACACCAUCAACGAACUACGCCUUGAGCUGGGAAAUCUCCAAGAGAGGCAACGGGAUGUCGAAGAGAGCCUUAGCAACUCAGAAAAGUCAAAUGAGCAACUGCUGGAAAAUAAGGUUAAGCUGGAGCAACAAAUCACCAAACUGAACGCCACCUUCGAGGAAGCACGCGUUGCUCACGAGAGGGAGAUUGAGCACCGCAAACAGCAAGAAGCAGCGGCUCUUGUGGCUCAGAAGCUCGAGUUGACCGAACUGUUCGAAGAGAUCAAAGCCGAAGACGAGAAGCUCGCUGCCGAAGCUUUGGAGGCUCGAGAGAAGGAGCUGCUGGAUCAGCAAGAAUCUCUGCAAGCCGAAUGGGACCAGGUGAAACAGAAAUUGCAAGAAUCGGAAGAUGCCCUGAAGGCCGAGUUGGAGUCAACGGGGUCGGAGUUGGAUUCUACCAAAUCCGAGCUGGAAGCGAAGAUCUCCGAGUUGGAGACGAAGAAGGGCGAGCUGGAGUCGGCCAUGACGGACCUGGAGUCCCAUCGAGCCGAGAUUGAGACGAAGCACGCCGAACUGGAGUCCACACGUGCGGACCAACUCGCGGCGGCAGCCAAGGAGCUGGAGGAGCAGCAGCAGCAGUGGUUCGAAGAACGAACCAGGCUGGAACAAGAACUCUCCGAGAAGAAAGAAGAACUUGCGAGCACCGAGCGGGAGAAAGAUAAGCUCGAAGAACAGUGCAUUGCAAAGGAACAGCAGCUCCAGCACGCCGUGGAGGAAAUGCGCCUCACCAUCGACCACCUGGAUGGCGAUCGCGAGAGAUUAAGAAAGACUUUGCACAGCUUGGGAGAGGCCACUGAUCUCAAGAGCACCAAAGGUGACUCAUUCUUUGUGGACUGCUUCGAUCAACUCUCGCAUCUUAUUGUCGACCUGUCCAAAGAACACUUCUCGUACCUCCCUAUUGAUCCGCCCAAAGACAUUCUGUCCAAGAUUCCUCCUGAGCUGCCAUCUUUCCUAGACAACACCACCGCCUCGCGCGAAUUGCGAUCCGCCUACAUCCAGCAUGUCAUUUCGAAGACGCUGACGUUCCGGAUCUUCCAGCCGUUCCUGUUCACCCUGGGACGGCGGUAUGACAAGGCCGACACCUUCUUCCAGAUGCUCUCGAUGGACAUCCGCCGCAAGUCUGUGCGACGGGAGGCCUUCUGGCGGCAGCAGACACUCAAGGCGGCAUACACGACGUCGGACGCCAAGCAGUCGAUCAACGUGGUAGCCGCCGUCAUUGUGGACGAGAUCGUCGACCACAUCAAGCACUUCACCGACCCCAAGACGCUCGACACGCUGAUCACGGCGGUGCGCAAGAUCGUCAAGCUGGCCGCCGAGACCUGGCGCCAUGCUCGCGUCGAACGCGAGCUGGUGCUGGCCACCCUACCGGCGCCCGAUGCCGAAGUCGCGGUCAACGAGGAGUGGGAGGAGUACGGCACCACCAAAGAGCGGGAUUAUUACACGCCAAACAGCGAUCCUACCCGCCAUGUGGUGCUCCGCACCUUCCCUCGCAUCAUGCGAGAGGCAGCCCACGAGGACUUUGCCGACGACAAGGAAAAGGCCACUUCAUGUGUGUACUCGUACGGCACUGUCCUCUAUUCCGACUCGCCGAUCGUGAUUAGCCGGCUGCAAGAGCUCGCGAGGCGAUCCACCGAGUCUCUCGGUAAUACAAACGGACAUACCAGCAGCUAA